AUGAGGUGGGAGAGAGUCGUGUUGCCGCGAGCCCAGGAAGCAGAGCAGGGCAGCGAAGAGGCGGGUGGAUCCGGAAAGAGGUGGGCCCACACUUGCAACGCGAUCAAAGGAGGGAGGUUCCUCUACGUGUUCGGUGGCUUUGGCAUAGACUACUGCCAGACCAACGAGGUUCACGUCUUUGACACUGUGGAGCAAACAUGGAGCCAACCCACGAUAAAAGGCAUGCCACCUGCUCCAAGGGAUGGCCACAGCUGCACUAAUGUUGGUGACAAUUUGUUUGUGUUUGGUGGGACGGAUGGAAUGAACCCUCUUGGGGAUUUGCAUAUACUAUACACUUCUUCCCAUACAUGGAUAUCACCCAUGACAAGGGGAGAGGGACCAGAGGCAAGGCAGGGUCAUAGUGCAGCACUCGUGGAUAAAAGGCUGUUCAUAUUUGGUGGGUAUGGAAAAUCUCCUGAUAAUGAUGAUGAAGUAUAUUACAAUGAUCUCUUCAUAUUGAACACAGAGACAUUUGUAUGGAAUAAGCCCAUGAUGACCGGUAUCCCUCCUUCACCACGUCAUACCCAUGGCUGCUCAACUUGGAAGAACAAAAUGAUUGUGCUUGGUGGUGAAGAUGGAUGCGAUAAAUACUUGUCUGAUGUCCAUAUUCUCAAUGCAGAUACCCUCAUAUGGAAGGAGCUAAAUACCACUGGCCACACGCUACCCCCUCGUGCUGGAUUUUUGACUAUUACUUUUGGGAAGUUUCUAUUGGUUUAUGGGGGAUAUACAGAUGCCCAAAAGCCAUAUGAUGACCUGUAUCUGCUUGAUGUUGAAUCUGCGAUAUGGUCCUCGGUGACUACUGCAGGUGCUGGACCUUCUGCCAGAUUUUCCAUGGCUGGGGACUGUCUGGAUCCCAUAAGGAGUGGGGUUCUCAUCUUUGUGGGUGGUUGCAAUGGAAAUCUCGAGGCUCUUGACGAUAUGUAUUACUUACACACAGGACUCACUAGAGAACACCAGCGAAGGCUAGAGAAGCUACCCUUGAGGAAAAAACUGAAGCUGAAGUGCCAAGAACAAAAUCUGACUCUAGGACAUGAAAACGGUUUAGUGCAAGUUGGUGUAUCCACAAGCUCAUAUCAACCUGUGCCGCAAUUGAUCUAUGGUCAGCCAGGUCAGGCCCUGAUAUAUGUUUCCUUCCAUGUUCUUAAAUGACGUUUGUUGGUGGGAGAAAUGUGCUGUGGAGAUAGAUCUAUUUAAUUUGAUUCUACAUUUGUUUAUGUAGACUUGAAAGUAUCUUUCAUGAUACCAAUUGUCUCCAGUUCUGUAAUCUUUUCCUUUGUUACUUCUGGGUCAUCGAUUGUGUAUUAUCCCCCUAUUCCUUCCAGCAGAUGAUUAUGAGAUUUUAUAAGUAUUGUGGCUGCGGUCAUGUCCCGGGGAGGGGGCGGUUUAUAAAUCUGUUUAAC